AACUUAUUGGGUAAAAUUCGAGAAAUUUCGAUUUUCACUCUCACAAAACUGGUGAGUUUAGUAGUACGAUAUAUAGUAUAGGAAAAUACGUAAUCAUCAACGUGGGUAUAAAAACCUAAUUUGGAAGCGUUAACGCCAUUGAUUCGUCCAAAGCAAAACCUUUUUCCUGUAUAAAACGAGGGGAGAGAGAAGACUCAAACCCAGAAAAUUUUUUAAUUUACUAUUUUUUUCUGUAUCUCGCAUUCCUUUUUCCCGCUCAUCGAAUUGUUGACUCGCAUUAAACAAGGCGAUUGCAUUGGUUUUUUUGCGAUCAACUGACACUUGAAAGACAGCCGUUUCAGCUACCAGCGUUUUGAAUACUGAGUAUCUUUCAGAGAUUGCUAACUUAGUAAUAGUUCGAGCAGCUCUUCGGUUAUUUCAAUCUUUCUAUUGAGUUCCGUCCUUGCCUAAGGAUACUCUCUGGUAGUUGUAGACUGGAUCCUAAUAAGAUAAUUAUUUAUGGAGCACGACGCAGGAAGAGGUUUGGACAACCUGAAGACUAUGGAUGGGAAGGAGAGUGAAAAUGCUCAUGCCAAUGGAUCAUAUAAGGCUGUUGUUGUUCCCAAUUGUUGCUUAAAGGCUAGGGUGUAUGACCCUGAACUUGAAGCCAAUUGCCACUCCACUGUCGUUUCCGGAUGGUUUUCUCAACCUCAGCGGCCAUCCUCUGAUGAAAAGGAGAGGGUGUUGUAUUUCAAUAAUCCAAUGUGGCCAGGGGAAGCACAUUCUCUGAAAGUAGAGAAGACUUUAUUCAAGGGAAAGUCAGAAUUCCAGGAAGUCUUGGUUUUUGAGUCUGCAUCAUAUGGGAAAGUUCUAGUGCUUGACGGCAUUGUUCAGUUGACCGAGAAAGAUGAAUGCGCCUAUCAGGAGAUGAUAGCCCAUCUUCCUCUCUGUUCAAUCAAAUCUCCUAAGAAUGUUCUGGUUGUUGGGGGUGGUGAUGGUGGAGUUCUGAGGGAAAUUUCUCGACAUAGCUCUGUAGAGCUGAUUGAUAUUUGUGAGAUUGAUAAAAUGGUUAUAGAUGUCAGUAAAAAGUUUUUCCCCGACUUGGCUAUUGGCUUUGAGGAUCCUCGUGUCAAUCUUCAUGUUGGUGAUGCUGUUGAGUUUCUACGGAAUACCCCUGAAGGGAAGUAUGAUGCUAUCAUAGUUGAUUCAUCAGAUCCUGUUGGUCCGGCUCAAGAGCUUGUGGACAAACCAUUCUUUGCAACGUUAGCAAGGGCAUUAAGACCUGGCGGUGUACUUUGCAACAUGGCAGAGAGCAUGUGGCUUCAUACACAUCUUAUUCAGGAUAUGAUCUCAAUUUGCCAUGAAACAUUUAGUACCGUUCAUUAUGCAUGGGCCAGUGUUCCUACAUAUCCUAGUGGUGUUAUUGGGUUUCUUCUGUGUUCGACUGAGGGACCACCUGUUGAUUUUAAGCACCCUGUUAAUCCUAUUGAGAAACUAGAGGGAGCUCUUCAGCAGCAGAGGGAGCUUAGGUUUUACAAUUCUGAGGUAACUUCUUCUCUCCUAUUAAGCAAUUUCAGAUUAUGCUAUGCUACUCAUGAAAUCAUCAAAAACUUUUCUUUCAAAUUGUCUAAGCUGGAUUGACUUGUUGUACGCUAAGCACUGAGAAUACUUGGCUUUGUGUCUUGUACAAUGAUUCGGGAUAAAGAUAUUAGUGUAUUUUCUGAUUGGAUCUUGUUGUACUUCUUAAUACCUCUUUUUGUAGAUUGUCGCGGGAAUCAGUCUAUGUUAAUGUUAGAGGGCUUAUGCUGUUACCAUUUAGAUAUAGGACAAAGCUUAAGAUAGAAAAAUUUGCUCUGAGCAUAGUAUAUUGGUAAAUUCCAGCACUGACAUUAAAGUUAAAUUUAGAAAUUUGAACAUGCUGCUGCAUAAUGUCAUUGUGCAUUUGGUGCUUUGUUGGAAAUUAGUCUCCAAAUAUCUGAA